AUGUCCGACCCGCCGUUCACGGUCAAGGCUCUUUUUGAUUAUACAUCAGAGCAUGAAGAUGACCUUCAUUUCUCAAUCGGCCAGGUGAUUACCGUGACCGCAGUGGAGGAUGCGGACUGGUUUUAUGGGGAAUACAAUGAUAAUGCUGGGAAACAAGAGGGAAUUUUCCCUCGCAAUUUUGUCGAGAGAUUUGAGCCUACAGCUCCGCCGAGGCCAAGUCGUCCGGUAAAAGCGAAGAAAGAGGCAGAUCCGGUMCCCCCGCCAGCACCUGCGGUCGAGACGGAAGAGCCCGUGCAAGAGGAUGAACCAGAGCCAGAGCCAGCUGUUGAAUUGCCUCAAGAAAAAGCUAUACCACUCCCAUCUUCCCCUCCAGCUCCUGUUGCUGAGCCGAUUGUUCCUGUGGUUUCGCAGCCACCAAAGCAGCCACAGCCUGAGCCGAGUACUGCUCCUGCGGCCAAAGCUCCCCCUCCAGUCGUCUCCAACAAGCCGAGCUCAAAUGCAUUCAGAGACCGUAUUGCCGCAUUCAACAAACCUGCUGCGCCUCCAAUUGCUCCUUUCAAACCGGGUGGUCCAAGUUCUAAUACUUUCAUAAAGAAGCCAUUCGUCGCACCUCCACCAAGCAAGAAUGCAUACGUCCCCUUACCAAGAGAACAACCACCACCAAAGGCGUAUCGUCGUGAAGAAGACCCGGAAAUCGCCAAUAGAGAACCUCCUGUAUCUGAAAAUUCACUGCCGUCCCCACCCGCUGAGCCAGCUCAGGACGAGGAUCAACCGAAACCGACGAGUCUGAAGGAGAGAAUUGCUUUGUUGCAGAAACAGCAGUUGGAACAAGCGAACCGUUUGGCCGAGGCUGCACAGAAGAAAGAAAAGGCAAAACGACCUCCCAAGAAGCGAACUGACACUCAGGAAGCUCCCCCAGUGCCCGCUGCCGCUGAAAGUACAGAGCUGGAGCAUACAGAAAAUCCUGAAACUCCUCGCGGUGAACGUCAGUCUUUUGAAGGCGAAGGUGGUGAGGAUUCUAAGCCAGUGCAGCUUGCUUCUCCUCCUCUCCCUUCUCGGGAGCUUACGAGUGAUACGAAUGAUGCAGAUUACUCAGGCGCUGCAGACACUGAAGAUGCGGAAGAAACAUCGACAAGUAGGGAAGACAUUGAUGAAAGGCCUCGGGCGCAAAGGCAUGUUGUACAGGAAGAGCCAGCGGCUGAUAGUGAUGACGAGGCAGCAGCAGAGGACGACGAGGAAGAGGAGGAGGAGGAAGUUGACCCUGAAGUCAGAAGGAGAAUGGAACUCAGGGAGCGUAUGGCUAAAAUGAGUGGUGGCAUGGGCAUGAUGGGUAUGUUCGGUGGUGGUGGUGGUGGUGGCUUGGGCAUGGGAAUGCCUCCAAGAAAAGCCAAGGCUCCUGAAGAUGCUGGAAGACAAGCAGAAGAAUUGGAACCCCCCAGGUCUCCAUUACACGCUCCUCCCGUGCCAAUCAUGGCACUGCCUGGUAUGAAUGUUCAAAGACCCUCCGUGUCCUCGCCUAAGGAAGUUGAAAAGGAAGAAGAACAUGAGGAUGUGCCAAUUACUCAACAGCGUUCCGCAGAAGAGCUACCAGAUGUCGAGGAUGUUGUUGAAGAACAUGAGCCCGCACCGCGCAAGUCAGUGGACAGGGCUCCUCCACCCCCUCCACCGCAUGAACGUUCCGUCCCUCCUCUGCCUUCUGCAGAGAGCAGGCCACCUCCGCCACCCGUUCCUGUAUCGCAACCUGCACCACCCCCUGUGGCAUCGGAAUCGCGACCUGCGGCUCUGCCACCAAGACCUCUUACGUCUCCGAGUCCUGGCUCCGAAUCAGAUGAUGAGCUUUCAAUCCAUACUAACAAAAUGUCACUGGAUUCAACAUUGACGCAAGCAGCGCCUGCCAGUCCACCACCACCUCCUCGCCGUUCUUCAACAUAUGAUUCUGUUAGGUCUGCAACCAUGUCGGAAAAGCGAUUCAGUCGCGGGCCUCCACCGAUCCCAAACAAUCCUCCUCAGACUCCCUCCUCUCCACCGCAGGCUCGACCUCCACCACCACCUCCUCCUCCCGGGGUGCUAACUCGACAAACCACAUCGGAUUCUAGACACAGCAUUAUCCAAUCACCAAUCGCUAGGGAUCAUGACAUACAAGACGAAACGACCGAGUACGAAGCUGAUUAUGACACUGAUAUAGCUCCCACCGCAAAACACAAGGACGCGCUCAAAUCGCACGGUCGAGAAUCCAGUAUCGAAGACGGAGGUGAUGAACUGUCACCUCAGUCUCCUCGAUUUCCACCUCCGCUUCCACCCACAGCUCCUCGUGCUGUACCUCCUCCCCUACCGCCUAGUCAGCCGCCUAAUAAAAGAGCAUCGAUGGACAUUCCACGAUCUGCGCCACCUCCUCCACCACCUCCUGCAAGAGAUCUGACUACUGAGGAAGAGGAAGACGAUGAUGAAUAUGAUCCAUACCGAUACGACUCUGGUCGUCCAAGCGUACCUCCCCCUCCUCUACCUUCAAAUCCUCCUCCACCACGAGAAGAGUACGAUGAUCAAGAUGAUAGCCCUGUUUCUUUGCCACAGGCUCCUCCUCCGCCUCCUCCUGAAAGGACUGUUGCUCCACCAGCUCCACCACAUGAGAAAUCUGUUCCUCCUCCACCUACCGAGGCUCCUCGAUCCCGGCAGAGUCUUGAUAUAUCUAGGGCCAUGGCCAACGCUCGCCGAUCUAUGGACAUUCCACGCCCGUCCGUGGAUAUGGGUUUCAUCGCAACCGAUGUAGACCUUGCGGAGAGCACUUUCUGGUGGACUCAGCCAAAAAUUCCUCCUCCUGUGUUCCAGAAUCGCAAAGACUUGUUGUUCGAGAUUGAGGAAUCAACUUCAAGCAAACGCGGCGGUAAAACUACGGUCAGCAAAGACGUCUAUGUUUUGUUUGCGGACUAUUCGCAAACCGUGAUCAAAGUUCGCUUCGAUGCAAAGAACCCGAGUGAUGUAACUUUUGAGCAACGACACGAAGCGCCUCCUAGCAAACUUCGACAAGACCAGCUAGAGACUGCACACGAAAGAUUCGGAAGCCGGAUAUCUGCUGCUGCCAAUUCGGUACAAAAUACGACCGUGGGCGAUGGAACAUCUUACGGUCUCAUCCAGCACUUACUUUCACCACUUAAGGAUGUGCUUUUACCAGUGGGUACCCGGGCCUACGGUGCUUUGGUUUACGCCAAUUUAGCCAAUGCAUCUGUACAGCAAAACGAUGAAAUCCGAGCUGGCGAUAUCAUCAGCUUCCGCAAUGCCAAAUUCCAAGGUCAUAAGGGUGGGCUUCAUCAAAAGUACAGCGCCGAAGUUGGCAAGCCAGACCACGUCGGAGUCAUCGUUGAUUGGGAUGGGACGAAGAAGAAGAUUCACGCAUGGGAGCAGGGUCGUGAAAGCAAAAAGGUCAAGCCGGAGAGUUUCAAGCUGGGCGAUCUCAAGAGCGGAGAAGUCAAGGUCUGGCGUGUCAUGCCUCGAAGCUGGAUUGGAUGGGAUGAAGAUAAAUAG